GGCCUCUUAGGGCCUUGUAAACGGCAAACGUGUUACUUCUAGGUCACCAACUAAUGGAAAUGUCCGCCGAGGUAGCGCCCAGUGAAGUGUCAAUGACCGGCAACGGGGCCUUAAGGGCGUCUCGUGGGGCGACUUUAGGGCUGCAAAUGCCCAAGGAGCCGCUGCCGCAGCACAUUCCUAAAAUUGUGCGGGUUGAGAAGAAGCACACAUUGAAGGGCCACGCGGACGCCGUAACCAGCUUGUGCUUCUCGCCGGACUCAUUUCUUUUAGCUUCUGGUAGCGAUGACAACACUGUUCGCAUGUGGGACGUGCAGUCGGGAAACUUGCGAACCAUUUUUACUGGGCAUAACGCAAAGGUGCACGCUCUCAACUUCAUCGGCUCGGGCACCAUCUUGUUCAGCGUUUCAAAAGACAGGACUAUCAUUGAGUGGGACCUGCUCAGAGGCAUCCUUCGGAUGACCCUCGAAGGUCACGCGGCUCCAGUGUACGGCGUAUGUGUGUCCAAGGACAGCCAGAAGAUUAUCACAUGCAGUCAUGACGAGACGAUACGGGUCUGGGAGAUUAUGAAGGGCAACUUGCAGAAGACUGUUAAGGCGCACACAAGCACUGUCUACAGCGUCGUACUGAGCCCGGACGGCAAAUUAAUAGCCACUGCGUCCGCCGACAAGACAGUCAAGGUGUGGGAGUUGGCGACGGGAGAACUGAAGGACACGCUCAUAGGGCAUACCAGCCACGUCGUCGGCGUCGCAUUCACACCCGACGGGAAAAAGCUUCUGAGCGCUGGGUGGGACGAAACCAUCAAGUGCUGGGAUGUGGAGACCGGGGAGGUGCUGCACACGUUCACGGGCCACCAGGGCAAGGUGCACUGCGUAUGUACAGCACCCGACGGAGACACGUUCUUCAGCGGGGGUGAAGACAAGACAAUCAAGCUAUGGCGCAUCAGCACGGGCUCCUGCUUCCACACCAUCCAGCCGGACUCCUUUGGCAAGUCAAGCCACUCGGACGAGGUGCUAGCCGUGGCAAUCGCUCCCGACCAGUCGAUCAUGGCAUCGGCCAGCGCGGACAACACGAUCCGUACAUGGAAAGUUAUUGGGCUUUAGCUCUGCAGCAUCGCUCGGCAGCCGCAGCAGUUGGCAUGGCUAGAUGUUGCGGUCUGGCUGCAGAGGCACCGGUUCAAGGGGCGUCUGGUGUCAUUGUCAUUAGCAACGGCAGCGGAUCUGGGUUGCAUAUAAAGGAUGGCAGCCGCAUCAAGACAGCGAUGUUACGGCUGCGGCUCGUAGUGGCGACAGCCACAGUAGCAGUGACGCGGUGACAAACGUGGCUCAAGUAGUUGGCAAGAGGCCGGCGCCGCAGCGCAGGCUGUGCAGCUGGGACAGGGUCUGGCAGCUUGCGGCUUGGCUCAGCGGUACUUGAAUUGCGAAACUGCCACAGGGACGGCACGGCUCCAUGGCAUGCCUAGAGAGAUGAAGGGGAUGGGCAGCGGUGCAUAAGGAUACCGCACGGGGCCGCUAGUCACGCAGAACAUGUCUUAACUGUUGGCACGCGCCAGGUGGUGUAUCAGUGUGCUUAAAAAAUUGUCUGCGCACAGAACCUGAAGAUGACACGCGGUAAUUUGCGUGGGCCAUGGGGUUUGUACACGACCUGUGCGAGCAUGGACUUUGGCGGGCAUGGAUUUGGAAGGACAAUCGAGGCUACGUAGAACGCUUCGCUGGGGGAAGGCAGGGAAAAAGUUACUUGGGCUUUGCAGGACAACUUGGGUUUUGUGUUAUGAUGGAACUGGAAUGCUGCGCUACUAGGGCAUGCCAAUGGAUCCCCAUCGAAUUUAAUAACGGUUAAGCUCUAGUGAAUUCCACUUGCUUAGCAGCGUGGCCAUCUCUCUUUUAUGUUGGUUCAUCGUCACUUUAAACAACUCUAACUUUGGGCGCCUCGUACCAAUGGGGCGCGCAAAUCUCAUGCUCUGUCCUUGUUGCGAUGCCUUGGCUGUGAUCUAUGCUUUUGCUCUUGAAGUGCAUGGUUGUGUACAGAUGGUGGUGUCUGGGGUGAAGGUAAGGGCCAGUCCCCGCAUCCUGGGACUGAUUAAGAAGCUGCGGCUUGUGGUGUUUCUUGGCCUGUCGAAAUGAGCGGUUCUCCCAUAUACCGGCUUGGGCCGAGUUGCUAGCUACGCAAAUGAGCCGGCUUGUAAGAAACAACGUCAUUCGCUCCUCGUUGUUUGUUGCGGUCAUGGUUGCUAAUAAGAUAACAAUCAGACGUGUCUCCUUUGUAACUCGGCAAAAACGACGG